AUGGAUCCACCAAAUGUGGCCGCGAUUUAUGCUAUCGUGCAGAUGAUGCAGAAGAACGACAAGCUGUUCGAAGUGAAAGUACCCACCAAAGCGGACGAGAGCUCGUUCAAUGCCUUGCUAGAUCUGCUCGAGUCGGAACCAUUUCGCUUCUACGUCACCGACAAAGAAGAAAGUUUCUUCAUUUUGCGCGUCGAACUCUGCGGCAUUCUGGAAUUUGGCCGAAAAACGGAGAAGCUCUUGGAAAACAUCGUUUGCAAGAGCCCUUCGAAGGAAAGGCGGAUAAAGCGGGCAAACAAAUCGAACAGUUGCACUGAAAGGCGCACCGUCGCGAACAAGGCCGCAUUUGAUAUGUGCAACUUGAAAAAUCGCGCCAAGUUGCCCAUUGCGGCCUGUCGGACGGAUAUCAACAACUGGCUAGCAUCGGACGCACCCGUGGCCAUACUCUGUGGUCCCCUCGACAACUCGCGAAUCGUGCAAAUGGUCCAGUACGUUCUGGAGUACUGCCAGACCCACUCGGAACGGUGCCGAACGGUUUGCGUUGUGUCUGACGAGCUGAGAGUGUUGCUGACUGCGGACACGAUCGCCCAGGAGCGUGCGGAAACCGUGGGCAAAACGAUCGGGUAUGAUAUCGGCAUCAGCAACCGGCUCAGCCAUGUUUCGAAUGUUGCGGUCUGCUCCAUUCGGACACUGUUGGCCAAUCUUAUGGCGCCCACGGGUAACGCGCUGUUCGCGGUGCUUACUCACCUAAUUGUGGACGAUGUCGGCCAGCGCUCGGUUGGCAUGGACUUGCUUCUGUCACUGUUGAAAGAAAAGCACCACUUCCACCCAACGCUGAAGCUGCUGCUACUAUCGUCCAGAGCGCGAGUGACAAAAGUCGCCGGAUACUUCGGGGCGUCAGUGUUUUCCGUACCCGAAUCUACCUGGAGUUUACAGAACUCACCGCCACCUGCAGCCAAGCAUGUUUAUUUGGCCACAAUUCUAGCUGAAAUUUCCACCAAUAAAGUGCUUAAGAAACUGAAGCAAACUCCGCAAGGCUGGGAUUGGUACAAGGUGGCUGAUCAUCACGCUCCCCACCGGUACCAGUACCUCGACGACAGUGCCACAGACUACUUGGAUGGGCUUCUGGAAGACUACUGGUUUGAGUCGAGGGCGACACCGAACGAAUUAGACGUACUCUGUGAAAAUCCCUUUCUGGUUGACUACCAGCACUCGCGCACCCGAAUGUCCGCGCUUAUGAUUGCGGCUAGCAAAGAAUCCCUUCCGGACGUGAGGGUAUUGCUGAACUUGGGUGCCAACCUCUUCGUGCGGGGCAAGCAUGAUCUGCGGGCCAAGGAUUGGUGCGCCGAUGAGGCCAACAGUCCUUGCUGGAAACUCAUGGAUCUUUGCUACGAGCAACACUGCAAUCAACCUUCGAAGUUUCGAUUAGAGUCCUCCCUGCUAUGGUUAUAUCAAAGAAUUCACAAUCCCUACUCGAUCGACCACCAGAUGGUGGUAGAUAUCGUGGAGUACAUCUACACAACUUUGCACCACGGAAAGGUACUCGUGGUACUGCCAGAAUUCACCGAUGUCCUCGGGUGCUACAAACUACUGCGGGCGUCCAGUAGUGCACCGCCGCAGGAACAAGCAUUCGUGUUCUGCCACAGCCAGCUGACGGAGGACGAAAUUGUGUUGGAGUUUGCUAGGAUCGGUGAUUGCAUUUUUCAGGUUAUUCUCUUGGAGGAUCGUCUUUUCGAAGUUCUACCUACCAUGGAUACUGUCGACUACGUAAUCGAUACGGGGUUGAGCACCUUCCGGGACUACAAUGUAUCGAAAAAUUCGCACUCCAUUGCGUCAACAUUCAUACCACUGGAAACGGCUUCCCUUCGGAGUGGACUCGCCAAACGGAUUUGCUUCCAUCUGUACACGUGCGAGCAGCAAAACCGGAUGGUGACGAAGAAAGCAACGAAUCGUCGCAUUGCUGCUCGACCGGAAGAAACGCUACAGGCCCUGCUGUGUCGCCCUCGCUCGGCUCCGCCCGUUGUUCAGUUCUUUAGCAACGCGCUCAUCGACGCACCGGACGCCAAUGUGAAGCGAUCGCUCGAGCUUCUAGUGAAGAUCGGUGCAAUCACCGCGGUGGAUCUGGCCCCUACGAACCUGGGACUGUUGCUGGCUAACCUGUGCUCCAGUGUGCAGCUCGGUAAAACCAUUUUAUACGGCAUCAUGUUUCGGUGUCUCGAUCCCGUAAUGACGAUAGUAGCCAGUCUCUGCGUGGGCUUUAGUCCGUUCCUUGAGCCGGCGGAUAAGGUGCAACUUAAAGCGAUCGCCGGGAUCAAGAAGGGUCUCGACCACGGCACGCAAAGCGAUUGCUUCGUGCUGCUCCGUCUGUUUUUGCUCUGGAACACGGCCAAACUGGACGAUGAGGCUAUGGUAAGGCAGUAUCGUUUGAAGUGUGGAGCUAUGCAGGCCAUCAACAACACGCGUGUCAUGCUGAUGAGUCACCUGCGCGCGAUCGACAUCGUCAAGGUGGGCGCCGGAACGAACGUCAACGUACUGAACGAAAAUUCGGGAAAUUGGAGCACGGUAAAGGCUUGCCUUGCCGCGGGCUUGUAUCCGAACGUGGCAAGGGUGGACUACGCGAAGAAAUGCCUAGUCUGCUGCAGCGAGGCUGGGGAUAAUCUGGAGCCGCAUCCGCUGUCCGUGAUCAAUGUGGAAGAAAUGGCGUCCGCGUGGGCAGUGUACGUUUACAAGUUGGAUCCCACUCCCUGUUGGCAAGCUGGCGAGAGUACUUGCCAGAACCGUACUCCUGCGAUGACUCAGAUGGUCGAAAACACCGUCAUUUCAAACUGGACGAUGGCACUAAUGUGUGGAAACCCUCCGACAGGCUCCGGGAAAGUCAUUAAACCUUCGCAGAGCGAUGAACUGAUUAUCGACCGAAAGUACGUAUUUCAGAUACCGGACAAAGCCCUGGAUAAAGUACGGUCCCUUCGCCGUUCGCUCGCGCACCUUUUCCAUAAGUUCACCGCGAGCCCAUCGGCGGUGCUGGAGGAUCACGGGGCAAACCAGACGAUCGCGCAGAUCAGUGAGAUACUGCACAAUGAAGAGGUGCGUCAAAUUUCGUUCAACACCGGAACUCGUCCUAAAAUUGUAAAGAAAUGUAUGCUCGGCGUCUACUCGAUGACAAACAGUGCUACAAUCGCCAGCCUCGGAACCUUCGCCACCAACGCCCCAUGA